CAUACGCCGUCAUGGUGGCGCCGCGUUGCUGCGCGUUGUUUCGCUUCGAGUUUUGUCCGGGGCGGGGGUCUGGGCUUUAGGCUGGUAGUGUUUAGUUUCACAAUGUUUGGGGACCUAUUUGAAGAAGAUUAUUCCAGUGUGUCAAAUAAUAAUGGAAAAGGGAAGAGAUUAAAGACCAAAGCUUUGGAGCCACCUGCUCCUAGAGAAUUCACCAAUUUAAGUGGAAUCAGAAAUCAGGGUGGAACCUGUUACCUCAAUUCCCUUCUUCAGACUCUUCAUUUCACACCUGAAUUCAGAGAAGCUUUAUUCUCUCUUGGCCCGGAAGAGCUUGGUUCGUUAGAGGACAAGGAUAAACCUGAUGCAAAGGUCCGAAUCAUACCUUUGCAGUUACAGCGGUUGUUUGCACAGCUUCUCCUCUUAGACCAGGAAGCUGCAUCCACAGCCGACCUCACUGACAGCUUUGGGUGGACCAGUGAUGAGGAAAUGAGGCAACAUGAUGUGCAGGAACUGAAUCGAAUUCUCUUUAGUGCUUUGGAAACUUCUUUAGUUGGAACCUCCGGCCAUGACCUCAUCAACCGUCUAUAUCACGGAACCAUUGUUAACCAGAUUGUUUGUAAAGAAUGUAAGAAUGUCAGUGAAAAGCAGGAAGAUUUCCUAGAUCUAACAGUAGCAGUCAAAAAUGUAUCAGGUUUGGAAGACGCACUCUGGAACAUGUAUGUAGAGGAGGAAGUUUUUGACUGUGACAACUUAUACCACUGUGGAAACUGUGGCAGGCUGGUUAAAGCCGCAAAGUCGGCCAAAUUACGUAAGCUGCCUCCCUUCCUUACAAUUUCAUUAUUAAGAUUUAAUUUUGAUUUUGUGAAGUGUGAACGAUACAAGGAAACAAGCUGUUACACAUUCCCUCUCCGGAUCAAUCUCAAGCCUUUUUGUGAACAGAGUGAAUUAGAUGACUUGGAAUAUAUGUAUGACCUCUUCUCAGUUAUUAUACACAAAGGUGGUUGCUAUGGAGGACAUUAUCACGUGUAUAUUAAAGAUGUCGAUCAUUUGGGAAACUGGCAGUUUCAAGAGGACAAAAGUAAACCAGAUGUGAAUUUGGAAGAUAUUCAGAAUAAAGAGGAGAUUGAUGAUCCAUUGAUGAUUCUAAAAGCAAUCUUAUUACAGGAGGAGAGUAAUCUAAUUCCUGUUGAUCAGCUGGGCCAGAAACUCUUGAAGAAAAUAGGAAUAUCUUGGAAUAAGAAGUACCGAAAACAGUAUGGACCACUGCGAAAGUUUUUGCAGCUUCAUUCUCAGAUAUUUCUGCUCAGUUCAGAUGAAAGUACAGUUCGUCUAUUGAAGGACUCUUCUCUCCAGGUUGAGUCUGAUAUCCAAAGAAAUGAUCAACGACUUUCCAAGACACUUACUUCAGAACCCUUAAAGUUAAAUGAUGGGCCCUCCCGUCCCCACUGGUUUGAUAUAGAUGAUUCCAGAGUCCAGCCAAUCAAGGAAAAGGAUAUUGAACAGCAAUUUCAAGGAAAAGAAAGUGCCUACAUGCUGUUUUAUCGGAAAUCCCAGUUACAGAGACCCCCUGAAGCUCGAGCUAACCCACGGUACAAGGUUCCAUGUCAUUUGCUGAGUGAGAUGGAUGCAGCUAACAUUGAACUACAAAUAAAAAGGGCAGAAUGUGAUUCUACAAACAAUACUGUUGAAUUGCAUCUCCACCUUGGCCCCCAUUAUCAUUUCUUCAAUGGGGCUCUGCACCCAGUAGUGUCUCAAACAGAAAGCAUGUGGGAUUUGACCUUUGAUAAAAGGAAAACUUUAGGAGAUCUUCGACAAUCAAUAUUUCAGCUGUUAGAAUUUUGGGAAGGAGAUAUGGUUCUUAGUGUUGCAAAGUUUGUACCAGCAGGACUUCAUGUUUGCCAGACACUUAAUGGAGAUGACCUGACACUGUGUGAAAUUGAAAUCGCUGACGGAGAAGACAUCUUUGUAUGGAAUGGGGUAGAGGUUGGCGGAAUCCAGAUUCCAACCGGUAGCGACUGUGAACCUCUGCUUUUAAAUGUUCUUCAUGUAGCAACAAACAGUGAGGGAGAGGAGUGUCAGCAGUUGAUAGAAUCUUCACAUGUCUUUCCAUCUAAUGCGGAAAUAGGCACUGUAUUCACAGCCCUAGCAAUUCCAGAGGGAGUCAUCUUAAUCAACAACACUGAAUCUAGAGGUGAAGAGAACUGGACCACCAUUCCCAAGGAAGACUUGAAAAAGACAUUCAGAGAGCAAGGCCUCAGAAACGGAAGCUCAGUUUUAAUCCAGGGCUCUAAUGAUGGUAACAGUUUGUUGACAAAACAAGGGAAAUGGAUCAAUACCGUGAAUGAGAUCAACUGGCUCCAAGUUAAAAAUUUAAGCCAAUUAGAAUCUGAAGAGGAGCAAGUUAAAAUAUCAGCAACUCUUAACACAGUGGUGUUUGAUAUUCGAAUUAAAGCCAUAAAGGAAUUAAAAUUAUUGAAGGAACUAGCUGAGAACAGCUGUUUGAGGCCUAUUGAUAGAAAUGGGAAACUGCUUUGUCCAGUGCCAGACAGAUGCACUGUGAAGGAAGCAGGACUGAAGAUGGGGAGUUCAUUGGGACUGUGUCCUGGAAAAGCACCAACUUCCUCUCAGCUGUUCCUGUUUUUCGCUUUGGGGAGUGAUGUUCACCCUGGGACAGAGAUGGAGAUCAUAGUAGAGGAAACAAUAUCUGUGAGGGAUUGUCUGAAGAUAAUGCUGGACAAAUGUGGCCUCACAGGAGACACAUGGCAUUUACGAAAAAUGGAUUGGUGCUUUGAAGCUGGGGAGCCUUUAUGUGAAGAAGAUGCAAAGCUGAAAGAGCUUAUGAUCUGUUCUGGAGAUACUUUGCUUUUAAUUGAAGGAAAACUUCCUCCUCUGGGUUUCCUGACAGUGCCCAUCUGGUGGUACCAGCCUCGGGGGCCGCUGUAUCACUGGAAGGAUCACCAGGACCAGACGAAUUGUACCCUUUCUCAAGGCAGCGUCUGGAAAGCCAGUUCCACUCCAGGUGCUCCCAGUGACGCACACACAGAAGUUUCCCUCUGGUACUUGGGAGACCUUGAAAUCUCAGAAGAUGCCACCUUAGGGGAGCUGAAGUCUCAGGCCAUGACCUUGCCCUCCUUGGAGUUUUCCAUCCCAUCCCCAGCCUUCCUCAGAGCCUGGACAGUGGAAAGUAAGCGCCCAGGCCGGCUUUUACGAGUCCACCAGCAGCAGCUCAAGGAAUAUAAAUUGGGAAAGAGAACUGAGAUCUGCUUAGAGCCCCUUCAGAAAGAAGAAAACUUGGGCCCCUGGGACAUGCUGCUGCGGACACAGAUGCGCCUUCCUGGUGAGAGAGCCUACAGCCCGCCCGUGGACGUGCUGUGGGACACGGCCCGCGGCUGGACGGCCAGCUCCCUGAGGCAGCGAGUGGCCGACGUCUACUCACUUCCCGUGGAGAAAAUUGAAAUUGCCAAAUACUUUCCUGAAAAGUUUGCAUGGCUUCCAGUGUCUAGUUGGAACCAGCAAACUACCAAAAGGAAAAAGAAGAAAAAGCAAGAUAAUUUGCAGGGUGCACCUUAUUACUUGAAAGAUGGAGAUACUAUUGGUGUUAAGAAUCUCCUGGUUGAAGACGAUGAUGAUUUCAGUACCGUCCAAGACGACAUCGGAAGAGAAAAACAGAAAGAGCUCGCCCUGGGGAAAAGGAAAAGCCGGGAGGCCCUCCGUGCGCAGAGCAGCGAUGUCUUCUCUGGUGCAGAUACGGCCCCCCGGGCCCGUGGACCAGAAGCUUCUCUCUCCAUCCACGUAGGGAGCUUCAGAUAGCGCUGCGCGCGGCGCCGGACGGCAUGGGACCUCAGCGCUCCCACUCCAGGUGCCCGGGAGCAGGCCCGCUGCUCUCUGUCCUGUGCGGACACGGACUCCAGAGCCCUGCUUUGUCACCAGCAGAGGGGGCUUUCGUCUCAAGCCAGGUGACCGCGCUUCUCCCAGCUCUGUGGAGCGCCCCCCGGGGGCCGGCACAGGCCGGCCAGCCCCCUCACCCUGCACUCGACGCCCCGCACGUCUUUACGUGAAAGGCGGCUCCUUCCGCACUAACUGCAGGUGAGGAUGCGGCGGCAUGUUCAAGCUCACUCGCCCCACCACUCCUCCCACUGUCGAGGUGACGCUCUGUACCCAGCCCCCCAGGUUUUAACAGCUCACAUCACAGAAACUGGCUCCCAGACGGCACCCUUCCCCUUGGGGCUGUUAGGUCUGAUUCUAAAAUGUUCCCUCUCUUUCCUAGCGGGGCACCCUCUGAGUCAGGUAUGUGCUGCCGGGGCACUGGCCGCCCCGCCCGCUGUGCCGUGUGAGGUCGGGGGUCCUCACGGCUGCGGGCCUGCUGCCUGCGGGGCCACGUGUCUCCCCGUCCAGGAUCCCGACCGGGAGGCGGGGUCACGGCAGACAGGCCUGGCGGGCUGGGGGCCAGCCCUGGGCAGCUGUGAUAAAAAACAGGAGAGAAGGAAAAUGUGAGCCCAGACUCUUCUUAAUUCGGCAUGGCUUAGCUGUCAGUUUAAAAGGUUUAAUAGGUAUUUAUGACAAAUAGACCAUCUGUGUUCCUGUUGAUGGAUUUAGGACACGGGUGAUUAACUGUCUCAAGCUAACUCAGCCCAAAGCAGGAACUCCUGAGAAGAUAAUACUUCCUCAGAUCUCAGUGAUGCUUUAUUGCAACUGUGCUGCUAAGUACAGUUAUCAUCUUGAUUUUACACACUUUCAUCAGCCUUUUUGGAGAAGGAAAUGGCAACCCACUCCAGUAGUCUUGCCUGGAGGAUCCCACGGACAAAGCCUGGUGGGCUACAGUCCAUGGGGUCACAGAGUCGGACACAACUGAGCGACUAACAACACGCAUCAGCCUUCUUAACGCUGAUACUGACAUAGCUCUGAACUGUUAUAAGAAGAAAAUGGCACGCGUGGACUGGGGUCCCCGCCUGCGCCCCUGGCCUGAGUAAUCAAGGGACUGUCGCUGCGCCCCAGCUGCUCUUCCAGACGCUGACGGGACAGAGGAGUGAAAGGCCGCCUUUCCUUCCUCUGCCCUCCCCCUGCCCCGACAGCGUCAGCACUGCCGUCAGAAACCCUCCUCUCAUCCGUGUGUGCCUCAUGAAUUACGUGCUGAUGCUGGUCGGUAUGGAAGCAGCUGUGUUUUAAGAAGUUGGACUUUGGCGAGUGCUUCUGGCUCUCCAGCACCAACUCUGUCUCAGGAGACCCAGGCAACUCUCCAGGGCACCUGGUGGGCAGGGACGAUGCCACAGUGUCGGCGUGGGACUGUGCGAGGCUGGCCGAGUGCCCCGUCCAGGGUUCCCUGUGCUCCUUCGUUCCACUGUAACCCGAGAGUAACAUAACAGCCGGGAAUCCAGAGGCCUCGAAGGAGGUCACUCACCACAAGAAAAGGUCGAGCUGCCUCAGGUGUCCGCCUGGUCUCUGCUCCGCUCCUUCUGCCCUUGCAGUUCAGGCAGGGAGCGGGGCUACAGGGAGAAAGCGCUAAGAUUUUGUUAAAGAAAAAAAUAAAC